AUGGCCAUGGAAGUUACACAGAUCCUCUUAAAUGCCCAAGCAGUGGAUGGCGCUGUAAGGAAACAAGCUGAAAAUAAGUUGAAACAGUUCCAGGAGCAGAAUCUUCCAAGUUUCUUACUUACUCUUGCUGGAGAAUUGUCAAAUGAUGAGAAGCCUCCGGAGAGUAGGAGGCUUGCAGGUUUAAUUCUCAAGAAUGCUUUGGAUUCGAAAGAAUUGCAAUGGCAAUGGCUGUCUAUAAAUCCAAUUCCAACCUUUAAAGCCCAAAUUAAAGCAUUUUUGUUGACAACACUGACGACUUCUCCUUAUCCGGAUGCUCGAUCAACCGCAUCUCAAGUCAUAGCAAAAGUUGCUGCCAUUGAAUUACCUCACAAUCAGUGGCCCGAGUUGAUAGAAUCCCUCUUGUCAAAUGUUCAUCAGCAGCUACCUUCCUCUACUAGGCAAGCAACUUUCAAGACCCUUGGAUACAUUUGUGAAGACGUUUCCCCAGAUGUGCUAGACCAGGAUAAUGUAAAUAAGAUACUCACUACGGUCGUUCUGGGAAUGAAUUCUACAGAAAAAAACAGUCAUGUUAGGCUCGCUGCCAUAGAAGCAUUGCACAAUGCAUUGUGUUUUGCCCAGGCAAAUUUUUCCAUGGAUAUGGACCGAAAUUACAUAAUGAAAAUUGUCUGUGAAGCCACUCUUUCCCCUGAACUCAAGAUCCGACAAGUAGCUUUUGAAUGCUUGGUUGCUAUUUCUUUUACAUAUUAUGAAAAGUUGGCUCCAUAUAUCCAGAAUAUCUUCACCAUCACUGCCAAAGCUGUGAGGGAAGACCAUGAGACUGUUGCACUUCGGGCAAUUGAGUUUUGGAGUUCAAUUUGUGAAGACGAAAUCGAAAUAUUAGAAGAAUAUAGAGAUGAAUUUAGCAGUGAUUCAUACAUUCCUUGCUUUUAUUUUAUAAAGAAGACACUUCCAUUUCUUGUUCCCGUGUUAUUGGAGACACUCCUAAAAAAAGAAAAAGAAGAUCAAGAUCAGGAUGAAGGAGCUUGGAACAUUGCCAUGGCUGGAAGUACAUGUCUGGGAUUGGUUGCACGAACAGUUGGUGAUGAUCUUAUUGUCCCUCUGGUUAUGCCAUUUAUUCAAGAGAAUAAUGUACCACAUUGGAGAGUGUUGGAGUAA